GUAGCGUUCAACAGGCUACCGCAAUGAAAUCGAUACUUCUAAUUUGUGCGGUACUGGAAGCAUCACUGGGGGCUUCACCAUGGGCGAACUCUACCCAACGGAAAAUUCAUCCAUGGUGUGGCAAGCACCCCGCACGGAGACGCAUUGUGGGAGGUUUCCUUGUAACCCUUGAUAGUGUACCGUGGCAAGUUUCAUUUCUCUUUCAGAACACCUUGUGUGGAGGAUCCAUCAUCGGAGCUCGGUGGAUUCUGACGGCUGGUCACUGUUUUCCAAGUUCUGAAAAUCCCCAACUGACGGUUCGUGUCGGAAGUGAAAAUUAUAAAGAAGGUGGCCUUGAGGUCCCGGUUAAACGAUCCAUCCGACACGAAAAUUUUAACAGAUUAUUGGCAAUUGAUUGGGACUUCUGCCUAUUGGAAUUGGACCGUAAUCUAACCUUUACAGACACUAUCCGGCCCAUCGAACUGCCCAAACAGUGGGAGCCAGUUGAGAAUGACAUCAUGUGUACCAUUUCCGGUUGGGGUAGAACUAAGAAUAAAUAUGAUGAUAGAACGAAACUUCGAGCGGCACUUGUGCCCAUUAUGGAUCAGAGAGAAUGUGACCAACUGUAUGCAUACAAGGGUGGAUUAACUAGCCGGAUGAUCUGUGCCGGCUUCAGGGAAGGAGGAGUUGAUGCCUGCAAGGGAGACUCCGGGGGCCCGUUGGCAUGCGAAAAUAAACUGGUCGGAGUUGUAUCCUGGGGCUACGGAUGUGCCAAAGCAGGUUAUCCGGGAGUGUAUGGCCGGGUUGCGGCGGUGCGAGAUUGGAUCAGGGGGCAAACCCUCAUUUAAUCAAAUGGCCUGGCCAAGAAAUUGGCGUUUUUUUUUUAAUUUAUAACAAUUGUGCCUACUAGAAAAAAAAAAUCUUUUCUUCGAUUGGUCAA